GUUGGUGGAUGAAAUUUGGUUUUGUUGUAUGUAUUGUAGGUAUAAUUUUAUUUUCUUGUGAUUUGUGUGGUAAUUUGUUAUGUUUUGAGAAUCAAAAUCCACUCGGGUAAUUAUAAGAUAUUCCGUUUAUAAAGGAAAGUAUUCUACGAGUUAUACAACUAGUUUAUAAAUGGUGAAUCAUCAGUGUCAUGGCUUCUCCUCAAAAUGUUUCUAUUGAUCAAAUCAGGCUGAUCUUGUCAGAAGUUAUAAAUGCCCUCGAAUCACCAGAUUAUGCAUCCAAGCUCGAUGAGGCUAAGGAAGCAGCUGGCAAUGAGAUGUUGAAGAUGAUGCUGAUCGUCUUCCCCAUGGUCAUACAGAUUGAGAUGGAAAUUAUUAAACGUCACGGAUUCAAUAACUCUAGAGAAGGAAUAGUUCAGUUUACCCAGCUGGUGCGUGAGACAGAGAGUCUCGACUCAGAAGUGGCCCGGCUGCACAGUCAGAUCAGAUCGCACUACCUGCCCCCUGUCUCCAUCAGCUCCACUGUCGACACAUCUCUGUAACCAUGAUG